AUGCUGCUUCCUCUCUCAAAUCCUUCUUCUUCACCUGAACCCCAAAUCAAGAAACCAAAAACUCCACCUGAUUUCCAAAGAAAAUACUCAUUCAAGUCACUGAAAGCAUUUCUUGCUGCUCAUUACCCUUCGUUUAACCAACCUCGAAUAUGUCUUUUCCUUUCCAUCUUCUUCAUUCAAAUCCUCCUUCUAGUCGCUCUCCGCUCCGUUCCUCUCUCUUUCCACCCCAGCCGUCAUCACUUCCCUUCUCCCUUCAUCGCCCCUCACCGCCACCACCUCAACGCAACCAUCAGCACCACAACCACCACCGCUUCCGCCACCACCGCCAGCACAGUGAAAGAGGAAAGUUCCUGCGAGUUUGGUAGAAUCUUUGUCUACGAUCUUCCGAGUGCUUUGAACAAAGAGUUGGUUACUGAUUGUGAUGAAUUGAACCCGUGGAGUUCAAGCUGUGCUGCGUUGUCGAAUGACGGAUUUGGCCCUGUAGCCACCGGAAUUUCCAGUGUUGUACCGGAAAAUCUUGCUCCCGCUUGGUACUGGACUGAUCAGUUUGUGACUGAAAUUCUUGUCCACAACAGAAUUUUGAAUCACAAGUGCAGAACUAAAGACCCCAACAACGCGACAGCAUUUUACAUCCCGUUUUAUGUUGGACUUGCUGUCGGGAAAUUUUUAUGGCUCAAGAAUUCAUCAGCUAAAGAACGUGAUUUUCAUUGCGAGAUGAUGCUGAAGUGGGUUCAAGACCAGCCGUAUUUUCAAAGAAAUGAAGGAUGGGAUCAUUUCUUGACAAUGGGAAGAAUUUCCUGGGAUUUUCGACGGUCCAAGGACGAGGAUUGGGGUUCAAGUUGCAUUUACAAGCCAGGUAUGCGAAACAUUACUCGCCUUUUGAUUGAACGGAAUCCAUGGGAUUAUUUUGAUGUUGGUGUCCCUUAUCCUACCGGAUUCCACCCACGAUCGGACAAUGAUAUUGUCCAGUGGCAAGAUUUUGUCCGAAAUCGCAACAGGAAAAAUCUUUUCUGUUUUGCUGGUGCAAAACGUAGCAAAAUCAAGAACGAUUUUCGAGGGUUGUUAUUGAAUCAUUGUAGGAAUGAGUCUGAUUCGUGCCGAGUUGUGGAUUGUGCUGGCUCUAAAUGCUCUAAUGGAACGUCAACCAUUCUUGAAGCCUUCUUGGAUUCUGCAUUUUGUUUGCAGCCUAGAGGUGACAGUUUUACAAGAAGGUCGAUUUUCGAUUGUAUGAUUGCUGGUUCGAUUCCGGUCUUGUUCUGGAAUAGAUCUGCUUAUUAUCAAUACGAGUGGUUCUUACCGGCAGAGCCGCAGAGUUAUUCGGUGUUCAUCGAUCGAAAUGCGGUGAAGAAUGGGACUAUUUCGAUUCGGACAGUGCUUGAGAGCUACAGUGAGGAUGAGAUUAGGAGAAUGAGGGAGAAAGUUAUCGAAUUUAUACCAAAGUUUGUGUAUGCUAGACCUCAAGAAGGUUUAGAGACUACAAAGGAUGCAUUUGAUGUUGCUGUUGAUGGGGUUUUUAGGAGAUUCAAAGAACAGGAGCAACCUGGUUACAGGUGGAGUGCAGGACCACCAAUUGCCAGUGGUGGUAUGGUGGUCCAAGGUCCUUCUUUUUGGCUUGGCAUGGCUGCAAUGGAUUUCUCUGCUAGCUAUCUAGCUAGUUGGGUCUCAAGAAAAUGGGCAAUGGUUGUUACUUUUGUUUGA